UAGAAAUUGAAAUAGCACGAAAAGGUCGCUGAUCAUAUAUAGAUGGAUUUGGUAUUAUUUGUGGUUGGUGUCUUUAGCUUGCUCAUCAAACCCGUAUUUUCUGAAGAUGUAGCGUUCGGUUAUUCGGGCUCAAACGGCCCUGGCCAUUGGGCAAGUUUAAGCCCGAAUUACGCCCUAUGCUCCACCGGUAGAUCUCAGUCCCCAGUUAAUCUUUCUUCUAUACCCACACAUUUAAACCCUAAUUUGAAGGCUUUGGCUAUCCAAUUUACCGAUUCAGUCAAUGCCACAUUGGUUAACAUGGGCUACCAUGUCGAGUUACGUUAUAAUGGAGGAGGCGGAGGAGGAUCGUUGGUCCUUCACGGUACCAUUUACACUUUGUCACAAUUGCAUUGGCAUGCCCCUUCUGAACACUUCACCAACUCGUUUGCAUGUGAGCUUCACCUACCGUUCAAAUCUCCCCAUAAUAGCAUGGUUGUGGUUGCAAUUAUGUUUCGAUUUGGCCAAUCUGACCCCAUUAUUGCAGAGCUAGAACAAGACUUGAGUCAGCUCUCAAAAAGGUCACCGACCCAACAUCCACCUGAAGUUGCAUUGGGAAACAAUAAUAUUCGUCAUAUUCAAAAUCUUUUAAGAGAAUUUACUAAUAUCGAUAGAUAUUACACUUAUGAAGGCUCUUUAACCACUCCUCCAUGCACAGAAGAUGUUACUUGGAUUGUCAUAGAAAAGUUUCGCACAAUUACAAUGGAUCAAGUCGAAACUUUACAACGUCCAAUGGACAAUGGAAGCACGAAGAAUGCAAGGCCAGUGCAACCCCUAAAUGGACGAAAAGUAGAGGCUUACCAAUCUCAUAGCAUUUCACCAUCUCCAAUGUAAUGGUUUUCUCAUUACAUUUGUUGUAUACGUAUGGGUUAUUGAUUUCUUUUUAAUCUUCUUUAAUUCCAAUUUAAUUUAUGAUGGUGUUGUUACAGGCCCGGUCCUGACAUUUAAUGAGACUGAGACAGUACAAAUAUAUUAGCCUCUAGGAUAACAUUUGAAUGUUAUACUUUUAUAAAAAAACUACUACCUCC